GCAAGCAACCAAACCUAGAGUUAAAAUAAACAAACAUUCUGCUAUUCCGUUUGAAUGAUUUUUCAAUUAAACUUUCCGAGGUGUUAAUCACAAGGGUUGCCAACACCUUGUAUAAUCGAUAGCACUAUGGAAAUGAAAUCAUCAAAUUUCUGGUGGGUAAAAGACAAAACUGCCCAAGGUGAAGAACCAGAUAAAUCUGUUUAUGUAGGGGAAGAAUUCAAUGCAUCUAGCACUUCAUUGAUGGAUAUUCUGGAGAGAGAAGCUGAAGGUUUUAAAGGAAAUAAUGAGGCAAAUGAUGAAGAUGUGGACGUAGGUAGUAUAAUAGAAGAGAUUAAUAGGGUGGCUGCACAAAGUCCGUUAGGACCUUUCGAUGCCAAGUUGGGAGAAAGAAGUGUUGACGAGUUGAUGAAGGAAGCUGAAAGGAUAUAUAUAGAGAGUUCAAAGAGUUUUGAACAACUUAGUCAAAGAUCCAAGACGUCUCAGAACAUUUCUGAGAUUUCUUCUGGUUCUCAGAAUUCGACACCUACGCCAAAAAGUGUUAGUCCUUUACCCUUAGACACACAUCCUGAUGAAAUUGAUCAGCAGAGAACACAUUCAAAUCAUGAGAGAGAUGUAUUUUAUACUGAAGAUUUUUCUGAUGACAGCAGAAUUGAUUCUUCAGAUUCUACUCCUUCAAUAGAACAAAAUAUACCUUUACCUACCGUCCAAAAUAUAACCAUUAAACAAAGCUUCUCAGAAAGGAAUAUCAACAAAAACUUUGGUAGUUCCAGUCAAAACUUUUCAAAUACAAUCAAAGACGAUGAUGAAUCCAUUUCUAAGAUAGCAUCGAACAAACUGAUACAAAGCAGAAGUGAAACUAAUUUUUCACUAAAUAGGAAUAAAGAAGUAGAAUAUCAACUAGAUAUUGAGACGAGAAGAAGACAAUUGGAAACUAAACAAAUGGACCUCAAAGAUAGCCUCAUUCAAGUAUUGGAGGCCGAUAAUAGUCGACUUAAAAAAAAUAUGGACGAUGUGAAGAGUGAACUGGAAAAGACGAGGCAAGCUCUCAAAGAAACUAAAUUGGCAGCCUCGGUGAGAACCCCAGACGUUGCAGUCGACCUCGAAAAAGCACUGGACGAACUGAAAGACGCCAAAGAGAUAAACACAGCCUUACAACUCCAACUAGACUCUCUCACCCAAACGCACGUCCUCCUCAAAAACUCCCAAGAUGACCUUCUCAAACAGAACCAAAAUCUGGAAAAGCGAAUGGCCGAGGUAGACACCUCCUUGGCUAAAUACAAACACGAGCUGACCAACGUUCAGAGACAGAGGGACAAGCUGCUGGAGACCGAGAUGAGCUUGAACAAGCUGCUGGACAUAGAGAAGAUCCAGACUAAGAGCCUCAAAACCCAGAAUCAGGCAGAUGCCAAGUGCAUACAGGAUCUGAAUCGGCAGAUCAAGGAGAUGGAGAGGAUCAUUGCUAGGAAACACCCUGAUUCUGUGUCAGCUUUGAUAAUGGCGGCAAAAAACGAGUCCAGUGAUACCAACCUGACCGCCAGAAAGCUGCUGGAAGAUCGGAUAAAAACCCUGGAGCAGGAUCUACUAAACAAAGAGAAGGAAUCUUCACAGGUCUUCGCUGACAUACAAGAGAAGUUCAACCAGAUGAAAGCCAAAUACGAGAAUCACAUCGAAGAUCUGGAGCUUCACGUCAACGACCUUAAGGAUCAGCUGAAGAAGAAGAACAAUAGUUUUGAUAUGUAUACGCAGACCGCUCCUCUCGAAGAUGUUGCAGAGAAAGAAACAACUACAGUGUCCACCCAAACAGACACUGUAGUUACAAAACCUCCAAAAGUAAUUGCUGUGAAGACGAGUGCCAAGGCUAACGACGGCAAGAGUGAGUCCCACUUGUUGGCGACAAUAAGAGGCCUUCAAGCGGACUUGUCUGGUAAAGAGAAGGCCAUAAUGAAGUUGCAAAGGGAAAUGGAAGAGAUAAGGAAGACCAACAGAAGGCUGCAGAAAGAAAGAGAGGGAAGCUUGAAGAACAUAACUGAAAAGAAGGAUUUUCGGAAUUUUUCCGAAAAGAUGGUGGUAGUUAGGACCAAAUCGCCUACGGAAUCUAACAUUGACAUCACUUCGAAGGAUGACCUUGAUUCUACGAAGACGGAUUUUGAUAAGGUCAAGCAGCAGCUUUUUCGGAUAGAGGUGGAUUACCAGAAUUUGAAGAAGAAAAGGAUACACGAUCUCAAUGCUCUUCAAGAAGCACACGAGCGUGAAAUAGCGCAAUACAUACAGAACCUGCAGCCUCUAAGGGAGCAGUUAGAGCUUCAGCAGUUGUCAAUAAAUACCCUCCAGACGCAGCUAGCCUGUACCAAAGAAGAAUUAGCUAUAGUGACUGUCGAAAGAGAUCAUCUGAAUGACCAAAUGACAUCAGUCGACAGAACAGUAUUUUGUAGAAGGAAUGUGAUUUCAGACACUAAUGUUGGAUCACUGCAGAAGAAACUAGCUGCUAUGGAGAAGAAGUACGAGGAGAGGGAGCAUCGAUUGAGAGCUAUAGUGAACAGUUUGGCGCAAAAAAGCGUCAUGAACAGAAACUGUGAACAGUGCGCAGAGAGACAGCAACAGUUGAUCGCUUAUAAGAAUGAGUUGGAUCAGAUUUUGGCUUCUUUGAGAGCUUUACAAUGAUAGACCGAGAUUUCCUUACGUUGUAUUCUAGUCAUAUUGUUAAAUUUUCCGAGUAUCUGACAGUUUUUUGCAGAUUUGACGAGGAAAAUUGUAUUGUUGAUCUCUUCCGCUUAGUGAUAAUAAUUUAUGUUCGAAUUGGAACCUGUACCUUAAGUUUUUUAUCUUGAAUCGUGAGAGGAUAAGUAAAACACGUAAUUUAGAACUAUUUAUAUUUAUUGUAUUAUUGAUGAUUGUUUUUAUACUCGAAAUAAAAGUUUUGUAUACA